GUCGCCGUUUUUAACUAAGAAAAAUGAGACAGCCGGGUCGUUUCUGGCCAAAAAAUGGAGUGCUCUAUCCAAACUCCUUGCUUCCUUUUGUUGUGGAACUUUGCAUGGCCGUGCUGCAUGCAUCAGAAAGAGCAAUCAGACGAAGUUUUCAUCCAAGCGAUCCAGCUUCUACAGAACUGUCAUCCCUCCAGUGUUUUCACAUGGUGAUGUGACAAUGCGGAUACCAAGGGUUGUGCUGUUCCUGCUAAUCUUUGUUCUUGGGGCGUGCAGUGGAUUGGGUGCGACGCGGCGGCGUGGCAGCAACAUUUUCAAUGGACGGACGCAUCAUCGAUCAGGAGGCAAGGGGAAUGGGGGCAAGGGGCACUAUACCGACACGGCUGCCGAAGGUGACGAAGAGCUUCCAAUGCUGAUUCUGGCAUCCAGUACUAGUAGUAGGCGAAGUAAGGGAAAGGGGUACACCAGUGCGAACGUGGCUCUAGUUGAGGAAGAAGACGAAGACCUACCAAUGUUGUAUCUGGCAGGUAGCAGCAGCCGAAGCAAGGGAAAGGGUGGCAAAGGCAAGGGGAGUUACUAUUCCAUGUACUCCUACCGGCAUUCCAAGAGCCGCAAAAGUAGCAGGAGUUACGUCGUGGAGGAGGAGGAAGUACCACCGGACGAAGUACCGAUAGUAGUAGCCACCGACGAACCAACCAUCAUACCCGCCAAUACCAUCCUUCCAACCCUUGCCCCUACAGUUUUGGUCGACCUGGACGCUGAUAUUCCUGCCAGAAACGGCAAGCGAUGCACAGUUGAUACAACCCAAGGAACGUUUGGGUCCUUGCGAGGAGAUCCAACUGUGGCAACUUAUAUCUACCAAGUUGAGACACAACCAGAAAUAACACGACAACAAUUUCAAACUGAAAUCAUCCCUCAAAUCGAGCUAGCCACGGCCGAUGGAAUGGUUCCGUACAUCUUUGGGCAACUUUGCAACUUGUUUCGGCGGGAGCUCCAACAAGCCAAUUCCAUGUACCUGGGAAUCAAUAUCAGGCCCUCGGAUGAGGUUCUUGACGACACUGACUGCAGCGGUGCGUUCUUUCAGCGUCCAUGUUAUGUCGUCAAUGGACUCAUGACACUCUACACUGUGGGUAAAACGUCAGAGAAAGUCCAGGCAGAAACAAUCUGGAUAAUCAAGAAUCUAGACGAGAAAUCUAUUGCCAGCACAGUUCCAGGAGUCAACAAGAUUGUAAUACGGGGAUCGCCAGCUGUCAUUGCACCCGAAACUGCAAGCCCAACAAUGCCCAUGGUAGCCCCUGAUUUGACACCCAUGCCACCACCCAGCCCAGCAACGCCCAUGGUAGUCCCCGAUUUGACACCCAUACCAACCGUUACCGUGACAGCACCUCCCACGCCAGCAAUGACAACCACGAUGGAACCAACAGUUGCAUCCACGACAAUUGCUCCCAGUCAAAAUGCUCAACCACUGGUCCAAGAACCCAAAUCACCCGAAGAAGGAGAAGACGAAAGUGGUUUGGCAUGGUGGAGAUGGUUUUUGUUUGCAAUCAUUCUUGUCCUUACAAUCGUGGCAAUUGUCGUUGUUUACAAGAAAUGCGACAACAAAGAAGUGCAGAAUGGGCAUUCGACAUUUGAUCAUGAAGAGGAAGAAAUAAUGUAGUCUCGAUUCUGAACCGAUUGAGUCAUUCCAAUAGUCAGAGUCCGUCCUUGCUUUUGAAGCAGUCUGCAUUUGAGGGUACCAGUAUCUUGCAUCAUCAACAAGUGAAACAACGCUCAACUACACGAGAUUGCUGGAAGAAUCGAAUCGUCUUUUUUGCGACGAUGCAAGAAUAACUGUACAUGUAUAACUAUUGUAACAACACAGAAAGAAAACUCGUUUAA